AUGGACAAGGGGACUGUGAGUGUAUGGCCCCGCCUGGAGCCCUUCCUCCUUGGGGCGCUACAAGUGGCACCUCCAAGUAAACUCGGUUUGCACUAUCUGCGCAAAAUGGCAACUUAUGUGCGUACGAAAGAGGGUUGCUUUCCCACCUUGGGCUGGCACAUGUGGAGGCACAUCGCCUGUGGUAAGCUUCAGCUCCCAGAGGAAGUAGCUUGGCUCUACUUCGAGACUUUUGACCUGCUUGUUCCCCACACACCAGAGGAGAGACUGGAGUGGGCGGAGGUUUUGUCCCAAAGCUCUACACCUAGAGAACUGGAUAGACAGCGAAGUCGGCUUUGUGUGGACACUCUGCAGUUCCUCCUCUUCCUCUACCUGCAGCAGCUGAACCGCGUAUCCCUGCGUACCUCUCUGAUUGGGGAAGAGUGGCCUAGUCCUCGCUCUCGUUCCCCCUCAACUUCCUCUGAACGAGAAACCAAAACUACCUGUCAAAACAAGAACUGGGACGACCAGGCACACCUCACCUUCAUUCAGACACACCUGUCAGAGAUUCUGGAGCUGCUAUUGGACCCAGGCCAGUUGAGUAGCUCGGGUCAGAUGGUACGUGACAGCCAGCUCUCUGUGGAGGCAGUGCAGGCCCUCAGUCUUCUGUUGGAAGGGUCGGUGAGCCAUGGGCGGACAGUGCACCCUCUCCACAGGCUGCUGAACUGUGGCCCGGUCCAAGCCCAGGUUGGGUACUCCAAACUCAGCCGCUCCUUCUCCCUGCAGCAGUUCCAGAGUUGGCUUCGUCAGGCCCUCACCCUCAACCCUUUCGGCAUCUCAGCAUGUCUGCGCUCAGGCAAGAAACUGGCAUGGGCCCAGCAAGUGGAGGGGGCAAUGAAGAGAGCAAGGAUAGCACGGAACACCCACGUGGCACCCCUCGGCAGCAGAGUGGUGCUCAUGUCUCAGGUGUACAAACAGACAUUAGCUAAAGACUCAGAUAAGCUGGCUAGGACCAACCUUAAACUACACCGCUGCAACGAAGCAUUCAUCUACCUGCUCUCCCCGCUCAGGUCUGUCAGUUUGGACAAAUGUCGAAACAGCACAGUGGUGUUAGGGCCAGUGGAGACCAUUGUACACGUUCAGAGCUGUGAGAAUGUGCGGGUGGUAUGUGUCACUGGUCGCCUGGCGGUGGGUGCCUCCUCACACUGCACCAUCCAUGUCCUCACCCCAAUGCGGCCUCUUCUCUUACCCGGCAACACAGCCCUCACCCUGGGACCUUAUCAUACGCAUUACCCCUCUUUGGAGGACCACAUGGCUGCUGUGGGCUUGGCGGUAGUGCCCAAUGCCUGGGACCAGCCGCUGCUGUUUGGAGCUGAGGGAAGUGCACCAGACACAAGCUGCUAUCGCUUACUGCCACCUACAGAGUUCUGCCCUCUAGUGGUGCCCUUCAAAAUGGAGGGGGACACCUGCGAGAUUCCGGGGGGGCUGCCGCCAGCCUAUCAGAAGGCCCUGGAGUGCCGCGAACAGAGGGUCCAAGAAUGGCAGAGAACGGUGAAGGACGCACAUUUGAAUAAGGAGGAGCGGCGGCAGUUCCAGGCUCUGGUAGAGCAAAAGUUCCAUGAAUGGCUGUUGGAAACGGGGAAAAGGCAAGAGCUGGACAGUCUUCUUCCCCCUACCCACACACCUGCCUCCAACCACACAGGUGACCAUGCGGACGGGAACGUGACGGGACCCGUGCUGCGGCCGACGAAUCAUGACGCACCUGCUCAGGCAGGGGAGCCAGCGACAACAGUGUGCUGA